AUCCAGCCAUGACGAAUUCCAUUAGCCUUUAUCAACACUGCACCAAGUCUUAUACCAUUUGUAAACACGCGUCUGUGAUUCACAAUGUCCAGGCUCUCUUUAAGUGGCGAGUUAAACGCAAAUAUGCAACACAACACGUUCGAGAGAAGUGAUACUUCUACCCUUCAGGAGUAUGUCACCUCCAUUCUUCCCGACUCGUUUCGGCCUAACUUCGGCGAGGACCUCGAUCUUCACAAGCCUCUAGACUUCGGUCAGGAGCCGCCGUGCUUGUGGCCUGAUGAAGAGGAUGGCGAUUUCAACCUCAGGUCUCGAGAUGCGGCAAACUACAACCUAGACGACCGGCUGUGGUCUGCUACUGAUGGCGACCUCAACCUAAGGCCUCAGGCUGAGGCAAACCACAAUCUAAACGCUGAUUUGUGGUCUACUUCCGAUGGCAACUCCAACCUCGGUUCUAGGGCUGAGGCAAACUACAACCAAGACGACUUGCUGUGGUCUGUUCCUAAGGGUGACCUCGGCCUUGGGUCUCGGGCUGAGGCAAACUACAAUUUAAACGGGGAUUUAUGGUCUCCUGCUAACAGCUACUUCAAUCUGAAGGGUGACACUGAUUCCUGGGCUGAGAUUGCACGCGCUGAGCCGAUCUGUUCAAGAAAACCGGAGAAGAAUUUCCAUUCUGUUGGGGAAAAUAUGUCCACAGCAACAAACUAUGAAAGAUAUAAUCAGAGAUUGUUUGACUUGUGGGACGAGGAACCGCGCCAGGACCAAGGACUUCAGCUUACAGAUGGUCCUUUGCUGCUGGACUCUGGAGCCUCUUGCAGCAGCACACGCACAGCAGAGUUCGCUGACGCUCUCUCGCCGCCCCCGGUAGGUGGAAGGAAGGGAUACCGUCACAGACACGCCCGGAAGUACCUGAACGACGAGUCUCUCCAGAAGGAACGGAACCGCGAACUCAAUAACGAGGCGUCGGUCGUCUAUCGGAAGAGGAAGAAAGAGGCUGCCUCAAAGACGAAAGAUCAGUUGCAACAUUUACAACAAGAAAAUGAUAACCUUUGCAACAAACUACAACUCCUGACCGUCCAGAGUGACUGGUGCCACGACGUCUACGUGAAGUACAAUGAUUACUUUGCACCGCCUCUCGACGGCAGCUUGCUUCCCUAAGAUAAAACCAUCAUGUGUUGCCUUCGAAGUGUUAUCAUCCUUAACCCUCUCAGUAUUUU